AUGCUUGGAACAUGCGUUCAAUUGCAGCUUCAAGCAAUCACCAUCUUUGUUGGUUCUUCAAGUGGGCAUAAAUUUUUGGCAGAAUUCUUGGAAGUUGGUGGUGUGCUGACUGUUCUUGAAAUUCUUGGUCUCAAGCAGGCAAAAGAGGAAGAUAAAGCACAAGCACUAAAGCUGCUGAUGUGUGUGGCAAACUCAGGUAGAAGAUACAAAGAGCUUAUUUGUGAAAGCUUUGGAAUCAGGGCUGUUGCAGAAUGUCUUGCAAAAUCAAACUCCGAAGAGACUCAGGAUUGUGCCCGAAACUUAUUGCAGCAACUUUCCAAUGGAAAUCCAAAAUAUGAAGGACAAGUCUACAAGGCAUUGAUUGCCCUGCUGAAGUGUGUGUCUCCAAAGGCUCAACAGAUGGCUGCACAGACUCUUAGAAUAGUGCAGCCAAUUGUGGGAGCAGCCAAUCCCACCAUAGUGGAACCAGUAUUGAUGCUGCUGAGAUCUCUUCACCUGGAGGUUCAGUAUGAAGCCUGCGAGCUGAUUAAAGAGCUCAUGGAGUAUGACGUGCAGCACUCUCUGCUCAAUGGUCUGGUUGGACUGCUGAAACCAACCAAAGAAGAAAUUAAGGACAGCUCUGAAGCUACAUUAUCAGAUCCUGAUGCACCUCAGCUCCAGGCCCCUCUCCCUGUGUUUGUCCAGCAGGCAGCAGCUGCUAAGAUGAUUGGAAUCCUCGCUAAAGAAUCGCCCAAAACAGCGGAAAGUCUUGUCCAACUGCGAACUGUUCACGGACUUCUUUUUGCCAUGGGAAACACCCUGCAUGCCGACAGUCAACGACAAGCUGGGAUCGCUCUUGAGUUUUUUGUGCGAUCUUAUCCUCUUGUGAACGACCGUGUUCGCGAGGCACUUGGUGAUACGUUUUAUGAAGAAUUCAUGUCUCAUUCAGAUACCAUGUAUGUGAAUAUGACAGCAAUCCAGGCUGAUGUCUUGGUGUCCAACAAAGUCAACAUACCAGGAGUUAUCGAAACUAAAGAAUAAAAUGAGUUUUCGUUGGUGAAAAAGUUACGAAUGUGGAUAAAAUUACAUGGUACUCUGGUUUUCGGGGUGGCACUGUGGUGUAAGAUCUGUCAAGUUCUGCCUUGUUUGUAAAUACUUAAUGGUAGGCAGUUUUAGGUACUCAUUUACACAGCUAUUCCAGUCUGUGCAUCGAGCUGAAUAAUAAAACUUUGAAAUUUCA